AGAAAAAUGGAAGCUCAUAAAAUCCCUCUACUCAAACCUCACAAGAUGGGCUCCUUUGAUCUAUCUCACAGGAUAGUCUUGGCACCUUUGACAAGAUCAAGAUCAUUUGGCAACAUUCCACAGCCUCAUGCCAUACUAUUUUACUCACAGAGAACAACAAGAGGAGGCCUUCUUAUAUCAGAAGCCACUGGAGUUUCUGAUACUGCUCAAGGGUAUCCAAGAACUCCGGGCAUAUGGACUAAAGAGCAGGUGGAGGCAUGGAAGCCUAUUGUCAAAGCAGUUCAUGAUAAAGGAGGAGUUUUUAUCUGUCAGCUUUGGCAUGUUGGAAGGGUCUCUAGUCAUGUCUACCAACCAAAUGGACAGGCUCCAAUCUCAAGCACAGACAAGCCUAUUCGUCCACAGAUUCAUCAUGACGGUACAGUUGAAGAAUACUCGACGCCUCGAAGGCUAAGAACCGACGAAAUCCCACUUAUCGUUAACGACUUCAGAGUCGCCGCAAGAAAUGCCAUUGAAGCAGGAUUUGAUGGUGUGGAGAUACAUGCAGCGCACGGAUAUUUGCUGGAGCAAUUUCUCAAAGAUGGUGCAAAUGAUCGAACAGAUGAGUAUGGCGGUAGCUUGGAAAAUCGUUGUCGCUUCGUCUUGGAGAUUGUUGAGAAAGUGGUGGAUGAGAUUGGGCCAGGUCGGGUCGGCAUCCGGCUCUCACCCUUUUCAACCCUAAUGGAGUGUGGAGAUUCUAACCCAGAUGCUCUUGGGAUUCAUAUGGUGCGAUCGCUAAAUAAAUAUAGCCUCCUCUACUGUCACAUAACGGAGCCUCGAAUGACUUUCAAUGAGGGGAAAUUAGAGCUCCCUCAUCGCCUCCAUGAGAUGCGGAGGGUGUUUCAAGGAACUUUCAUCACCGCUAGUGGCUAUGAUCGGGAGGAAGGCAAUAAGGUGGUGGUAGAAGGUUAUACAGAUUUGGUAGCAUAUGGGAGACUUUUCUUGGCCAACCCUGAUCUUCCAAGAAGAUUUGAGCUCGAUGCUCCUCUUAAUAAGUACGAUAGGGCUACAUUCUACACCCCUGAUCCUAUUGUUGGGUAUACCGACUAUCCCUUCCUUCAACCAUCACAAGAUUCCAAUUAA